AUGGCAUCCAAUCAAAUUGAACACGCAUUGCAAUACAAGUUCAAAGACCCUGCACUUCUUGAAGAAGCACUCGUGGCAGCUGGUGCAGGCCCUAAGAAAGCCAAGACCGCAAGAGAGAAAGGGAACAAAGUGCUCGCACUAAUUGGGGAUGCCCUACUGCGCCUCGUGCUUGUAGAUGACAGUGUUGUUGCAGGACAGGCUCCUGGUAAAUGUCAGCAUAUUAUUUCAGCCGAAGCUUCUAACAACAACUUGCAAAAGCUUCAGCAAGAGUGGGAACUAGCAAGGUUUAUCAAAACUCCAUUCAAGAACAAGGGUAACGUCCCUCGCACGACAGGUGCAGCAACUAUGGAGGCUCUCGUGGGGGCCGUGUGGCUAGAUUCCGGUCGCGAUCUGGAAUAUGCAUAA